AUGGAUACCCAGAAGUUCUACAACCAUGGGAAGAAGAUUGUCGAUGUAGUGCAGCCUGACGAGGUGUGGUUCCAGGAUGUCCUCUCAGCUUCUUGGCUGAAGGACCUCUAUCAGGUCGGGUUCCACACGAUACAUAAUGGGAUGUUGAUGGCCUUUGCAAAGAGGUGGCAUCCCGAGACUUCGUCAUUCCAUCUUCCUCAUGGUGAGGUUAACAUCACUCUUGAGGACGUCGCAUGUCUCCUGCAUAUACCUAUUAGGGGUACCCUCCUUAGUCACGGUAGACUGAAGAAGGAGGAAGCGAGGGAGAUGCUGAUUAAGGAGCUCGGGGCUGAUCCCGAGGACGUGCUUCAGGAGUUGGAGAGGACCCAUGGGGCGCAUGUUAUGUUUCAUUUCUUGGCAUGA